UCCAAAAACAAUAUAAUUUUUUUUAAAAAAAAAUCACCGAUUGAUGGAAAAUCCUUUUAACAACCGCUUCCAAUACAAUCUUCCUCCAUAGAUUUGAGAAGCUAUUGUGAGGUCAAGAAAGAGAUUCGAUUUAGAAACCCUAACCCUAGUUUUCUUAUCAUUUCGAAGGAAGAGAGAGAGAGAGAGAUGGGUUCCGAAGGAAACAACACGAGCUUCCAACCAUCAGAGCCAAAGCUCUGCGCCAACGGGUGUGGCUUCUUCGGCUCUGCGACGACAAUGAAUCUCUGCUCAAAGUGCUACAGAGACUCGACUAAAGCCGUUAUGGACAAGCUCGUGAAUCAGAACCAGAACAAGACGGUGAUUGAUGAGGUUUCUGCGGAGUCAUCGGCGGUUGAAUCGCCGGUGAUAGUCGCAGCGCCGGCGAAGGCGGGGAACAGGUGCUGGAGCUGUAAGAAGAAGGUGGGAGUGCUAGGGUUCCGGUGCCGGUGCGGCGAGACGUUCUGUGGGAGCCAUAGGUACCCGGAGAAGCACGAUUGUAAUUUCGAUUUCAAAGCGGUGGAGAGAGACGCCAUAUCCAAAGCUAAUCCAGUGGUCAAGGCUGAUAAGAUCAAGAGGUUCUGAAUUAUCGUUUGGAGUGGGUUCAUCUUUUGUGGUUUUUCUUUUUUGGAGUUUGAUUUUGGUGCCUUGUUGGUGGUUUCCGCCGGUGGUGGUGGUGGUGGUGGUGGGUGGAGGGUUUCAUAAUAAUGUUGAACAUUAUACUUACUCAUGAUUUAAUGAAAUUAGUAAUUUGGUAUUUUUGGAAAACUUAAAAUGUCGGAGUUUUUAAAUACAUUCAUGUUGUGGGUGUGCAGAAAGUCAAUGACUGGUUUGAUAAAUAUUUUUUAGAUAAA